CUUUCCGUCAUCAUCUUCGGUCAGGCUUAGCUGCUGACAGCUGCUUGGGACUCUGCCGCCAGGCCCUGGCCCAGCCUGCCAGCUCUCCUCUCCGCCAGUGACUCCUGAGCCGCAGCCCUUUCAUGGCUCAGAAAGAAGAGGCCCCUGCGGCCGCCGCCGCAUCUGCCUCCCAGAAUGGGGAGGGUGGGGAGGAUCUGGACAACCUGGACGACCCCGAGAAGCUGAAGGAGCUGAUUGAGCUGCCCCCCUUUGAGAUUGUCACAGGGGAACGGCUGCCUGUCAACUUCUUUAAGUUUCAGUUUCGGAAUGUAGAGUACAGCUCCGGGCGGAACAAGACCUUCCUCUGCUAUGUGGUAGAAGUACAGAGCAAGGGAGGCCAAGUUCAAGCAUCUCGGGGCUACUUAGAGGAUGAGCAUGCAGCUGCCCACGCAGAGGAAGCCUUCUUCAACACCAUUCUGCCAACCUUUGACCCAGCCCUGCGGUACAAUGUCACCUGGUACGUGUCCUCCAGCCCCUGUGCAGCCUGUGCUGACCGCAUCAUCAAAACCCUUGGCAAGACCAAGAACCUGCGCCUGCUCAUUCUGGUGGGGCGCCUCUUCAUGUGGGAAGAGCCCGAGAUCCAGGCUGCUCUGAAGAAGCUGAGGGAAGCUGGCUGCAGACUGCGCAUCAUGAAACCCCAGGACUUCGAGUACGUCUGGCAGAAUUUUGUGGAGCAGGAAGAAGGAGAAUCCAAGGCCUUCGAGCCCUGGGAGGACAUUCAGGAGAACUUCCUUUACUAUGAGGAAAAGUUGGCGGACAUCCUCAAGUAGUCGGCAGGGCUCAGCCUCACGGUCUGCCUGCUGCCACCAACAGACAGCAGCGACAUGUACGGCCAUCUGGAACAAACCUGUCCUAAUGUCACCUGGAGCUGGACACACAACAAAUUCUACUAGACAAGGCCCUUGAAGACUCAAGAUACACUUCUCAUGCUAUAAUUCACUUAGGCUGUGCCUCUCUAAGGCUGCUAUUGGCAAAAACAAAAGUUGGAGAGAGAUGCAAGCAAUGUGGGCACCAGGGGUCUGCGGGCUGAAGGUCCUAAGUAGCCUCCAGAGGGGCUGCUUAAGGCAGCAGGCCUGUCUAAAGACAGAGAUCUUUGGAACGUGUCCAGAAGUUCAUUGUGUGUUAACUUUUUAAAAAGAGAAACAACAAUAUUAAUAAAAGAAAUUGUGU